AUGCAGCUAUCAGCCAGCGCGGUGGGCAUCAACCAGCUGUCUGCCAGAGAGCUGCAGCUGCUCAGAGGGGAGGUUGAGUUCAGUGGCCUGGGUACAGGUGGUCACCGCGCUAAGUACGUCAUUGCACCUCCAGAGAUGGAGAGUGCAGAUGAAAUCUUGCGCUGGAUGUUUGUUCGCCAAGAUGGAUGGCGCUUGAAGCCUCCAAACCUACUGCUGUCUUGCUAUGGCGGGAGGGAUCACUAUGUGAACUGGGCCAAUUCACCAACACUUCGAAAUCGAGAGGCCUGGGCCACGGCCACUGGCGGCGCAGAUGACUGGAAGUUUAGACAGAAGUUCACGAGCCGACUGUCAGAGAUCUCAUCAGGUGUUUGCCAAGCUGUGACCGAAUGUGGGGGAUGGUUUGAUCUGGGCACUGGACCUAGAGGAGGCUUGAACGAAGUCUUGAUGGACGGCUUAAAGGUCUAUUGGUCCGCUUUGGAUGCUUGGCAGGACACAAGACCGACAACGUCGUGUUCUGCGUGCGCUUCUUGCAGGACACGGAGUUCAAGGAAAGCUUUCUCCAGUGUGCACAGGCUGUGCCUGCAUCCGGUCCAACUGACAAGCCGGAAGAGUUGA